AUGGCUAUCAGUGCCACAGCAGGGGCAUACUCGCUCCUCCCUAGGUCUAUAACACAGUGGCGCCUCUCGUGCAGCUCUCACUUAGUUCGGUUUGCAGUCUUCUGCGCCGCUGUGUUGCCUAGCCAGGGGCUGGGAGAUCGUCCCGGUUGGUCGUUCCGCACGGCUGUUGCUUUUGCCUUUAGUGUCGCUAUCUCCAUAUCUCCCGGCCCUGAGGCCUGCUGGGUAUGGCCGUCGCCGGUACCUUCGGCUCUAGCGGCUGAGGCAUACAGCGUUGCUGCUUAUGAGCGGGCUGUGGCGGGUCGGCGAGAUGGGGCCAGUGAUGGCCCCAAUCUUGCCCUCUUCACGGACGACGCACAGCAGGCCAUGGCCAGGCUCCGUGAGUAUGGCCGUUACGUGGAGUCCGUGUCCGCCUCCGAAACCGCGUGCGGGCCCCCCUGUACGGAGAACCGUGAGGUUCUGGAGCGGGCCUGGCAGGUGGUUGCCAGCGAGCACUACUCGGCCAAUGGGGUCUUCACUCAGGCGGGCUGGGCGGAUGAGCUUAGGAGGGUGAUGGAGGCCCGGGACGGGCUCCUGACCUCCAAGUCCGAGCUGCAGUCCGCCAUCAGCGACAUGCUGGGCAGUCUGAGGGACCCGUACACCGAGUACCUACCACCGGGCGCGUUUAGAAGGGCCCUACGGAGGCCACUGCCCAGGGAGCAGUCGUACCUUAAGGCGCAGUACGUCGGGCUAGAGCUGGGCCCCGUGGCCCCGGGCGGCGGCCGCGUGGUUCUGGCCCCGCUGGCGGGCUCCCCCGCGGAGGGGGCGGACGGCACGCCCGUCGAUCAGUUGGUUCCGGAGCAGUUGCGGGCCCUCAUGCGGGGCCCCGCGGGGUCUACGGCAACCCUGGAGUGGGUGCCGGCGCCCACGGCCAACGCCGGGGCGGCUGCAGCCGCUGCCGCGGUCUCCUCAUCUGCCGUACCUGCCACCAAGCCCACCGCCCUUGCUCCCGCUCCGCCUCACAUCGUAAUGGAUGUGGAGCGGCGCGACCUGCCGCAGCCGGCGAUUAAGGUCUCCAAAAUUCCGAUGGGCCCUCCGGGAUUCUAUGUGACGUACGUACGGCUGCUGUACUUUGGAUCCGAAACCACGGAGGGACUCGAGGCCGUCCUCCGGCGUCACGAGGGCAGUCCAGGGAAUGUGGGGUACGUGCUGGACCUCCGGAACAACCCCGGCGGUGUCUUCGAGGAGGCGAUUGCCAGUGCCAGCAUGUUCCUGAGGCGAGGUGACGUCAUCGCCAAGACCAUCCGGGGCCCAGAGGGGGUGGUGGAUACGGUGUGGCAGGCUGGAAGUCUCCCCGAGGAGGUGUUUCCCCAACCACCGGGUCGGUUGGCGGUUAAACCUGUCGUACUAUUGGUGAACCGGAGCACUGCCAGUGCGUCCGAGGUGUUUGCGGGGGCUCUUCACGACAACGGUCGGGGGGCUCUGCUCGGGGAGAGGACGUUCGGGAAGGGGCUGGUGCAGUACUACUUCCCGCUGCGGGAGGGAAAGGACGGCGGAGUACGGGUGACAGUUGCAAAGUACCUGACUCCUUCCGGGUACGACAUCAGCGGCCGGGGCUGGGGGCUGGCUCCUGACCGAGUGUGCACCGACUUCCCCCGAGGGCUCGGGGUUGGCCAG